AACAACUUCACGUGUAAAUUUGGAUAAAAUCGAGGGCUCCUCGAUAAAUACAUAUAGCUGUGAAAAAACUCCCAGCUCGCUUUCUCUUCUGCUUACAGAAAAAAAAAAUCCUUUUUUUUCAGCUAAAAAAGCUUAUAAAACCCAAAAAGAAAAAAAAAAAAAGUGAAAAACUCCAAGUAUACCAAUCCUUGAAGUUUCCAUUAAUGGGUUCCUUUUAAUUUUUCAGUAUCCACUCUAAAGAUCUAACCUUUAUUACUUUCUUUCUAGUUUUUGCUUUGAACUAUGUUUGGCAGCUCAGAAAUAAGCAGUAAUAAUGGCUUUGCCUUCUCGAACCCCACCAACAAAAACACUCUAAUCAAGAACAGUAUCCCCACCGGCGGUGGGGAUUUUACCAAGGGCCGAGAAAUCGACGGCCCAGAUUUCUUCCAGGUCCAUGGCUUAUCAAGGUAUCGAUCCGCCCCGAGUUCGUUUCUCGCGGCCCUUAUGGAUCCGAACCCGGAUAAUAACAGCAGCAGCGGUGACGAAUCUGAAGCUUUCUUAUCCGCCUUGAUCGACGGCCAGCACGAUCUGAAUCAGAAACAUCAGCAUCAGGCGCAGUACUCCACGAAGCAGGAGAUUGGGGACGAAACGGAGACCCGACCCGGUUUUUUCCCAAACGGGCACGCGGGCGGGUAUGUUGGGUCUUACUCCGUGGGGAUGGAGAAUCAAGUUCAUGUGAGCUUGGCUGAUAAUGGAAACAGCUCGAAUCUGGUUAGACAGAGCAGCUCACCUGCUGGGUUUUUUAAUGGAUUUGGUGUAAUGGGAGAAGUAGGGAACUACAGAGUUCAAAAUCAUGCUAACGCCAGCUCAUCGGCUGCCGGUUUUAGCAAUCACUUGAACUUCUCGGCGGGCCAAUGUUCUGGUUCAAGAUUUAUGCCCACUAUACCCGAAAAUCUAAACGAGAGCAUCUCCACAUGUAGCCCUGAAAAUGAUCGGUCGAAAAACAGCAUUAACUCCUGGAAUGUACCUCCCUUGAAAAGAAAUCGAGAUAGUGAACCGAAAAUGUACUCCAAUUUCAAUUUGUUGGAAAAUCAGAAUGGAGAAAGUAGAAAAAUGCCGAGCGGUUUAGUUUCGCACAUGAGCUUGCCAAAAACUAGUUCUGAGAUGGCGACAGUGGAAAAUUAUCUGCAUUUCCAGCAAGAAAGUACAGUUGUUCCUUGUCAAAUUCGAGCCAAACGAGGCUGUGCCACUCAUCCUAGAAGCAUAGCCGAAAGGAUGAGACGAACUCGGAUUAGUGACAACAUGAAGAAGCUGCAAGAUCUUUUCCCGAGUAUGGAUAAGCAAAUAAACACAGCUGAUAUGUUGGAUUUAGCAGUUGAAUACAUUAAAGAUCUCCAGAAACAAGUCCAGGCUCUAACCGACACGAAGACAAAGUGUGUGUGUUCAAACAAUCCUUGGCAAACAAGCCCAACUACGUAGAGGAGAAAAAGAAUCGAUCUUGGUUUGCCUAACAAACCCACCAAAGAAAAGAAGAAGAAAACAGAAAAAAAUAAACUCACAAAAAGGAAGAUGGAAGAAUGAAUUUGUCAGCUCCUUUUAUUCUAGGAAAAGAACAAGAUAUUAGAAUCAAAAAGUUAUGUUAUCUCAGUAGCGUGUGAUCAAAAUAUUGAUUUAGCUUGUUGUAUGAAUAAUGUGCAUAGUAAAAGAUAGAUGUUAAAUUUACGCCUUUUUUUGAUGAUAUUUGGUUGUGUUUUCGCUUUGCUUAGGAGACUGAAAAUCACGAUUCUAAGCAAAUAUAGUUUCUUUGAAUUUUGGCUCAAACUGUGCUGGCAGAAUGAAAUUCUUGUUAUUAAAGAACUUGAGGAAUGUUAUCUGAUUUUUUCGUACUGAUACUCAGAGAUAGAAACACAUUUAUGGAUGGAUUUAGCUCAACCCCGUU